GAGAAUUCUUCGGCCUUCUGAUCAACUCUUGCUUUCGACUCUAAAUCUUGGCCUUUUCUCUGUCCCAACAUGACAGCCGCAGACACGCACCUCGGACAAGAUGUUCCACAAGCGAACGGCGCAACCGACUACGGCGACAAUGUUGUUGAUGCGUUGAAGAAAGAAGAGAAGGUGGAGUCGCGGGCGGUACAAAAGUUAUCGAAGGAGCAGGACCAUGUAUUGAAGAGUUUCCGGCUGCUGAUAGCAGACUUGUGCCAGCAGUACAAUGGAGGCCAUCCCGGCGGAGCUAUCGGAAUGGCGGCUAUUGGAGUUGCGUUGUGGAAAUACGUGAUGCGAUACGCGCCACACACUCCUGACUACUUUAACCGCGACCGUUUUGUUUUGUCAAAUGGGCACACUUGUCUCUUCCAGUAUUCCUUCUUGCACCUUACUGGCUACAAGGCCAUGACUCUGGAUCAGCUGAAAUCGUACCACUCUGACCGAGUCGAUGCAUUGUGCCCUGGCCACCCAGAAAUCGAGCACGAGGGAGUCGAAGUCACAACAGGCCCGCUCGGACAAGGUGUUGCAAAUGCGGUCGGUCUAGCUAUAGCGACCAAGAACCUGCAAGCUACCUACAACAAGCCAGAGUUUGACAUUGUCUCAAACCACACGUGGUGCAUGAUCGGAGACGCCUGCCUACAGGAAGGUGUUGCGCUCGAAGCCAUCUCACUGGCAGGUCAUCUUAAAUUGAACAACCUUACCAUCAUCUACGACAACAACCAGGUCACCUGCGACGGCAGUGUGGAUCUCACAAACACCGAGGAUGUCAAUGCCAAGAUGAGAGCUUGCGGCUGGAACGUCAUUGACAUUGAAGAUGGAUGCUUUGACAUCGAAGGCAUUGUGGAAGCGCUGGACACAGCCCGUACGGCCACUAGUAAGCCCACAUUUGUCAACGUCCACACAAUCAUCGGCAUCGGCAGUGCUGUGGCUGGAGACGCAACUGCUCAUGGUGCUGCUUUUGGUGCUGCGGACGUGGCAAACAUGAAGAAGCUCUACGACUUCGAUCCAGAGGAAAGCUUUGUUAUUAGUCGAGAGGUGCAAGACUUUUUCAAAGACAUCCCUGCAAGAGGCCAGGAGCUAGUGCAGGAGUGGGAAAGGAAGUUGCAGGAGUACGAUGCCAGAUACCCAGACCUGGCCGCGGAGCUCCGGCGACGGACGAAGGGUGACCUGCCUGAGAAAUGGCAGGAACUGAUACCAGACGCGUUCCCGGAUGCAGCCACAGCAACGAGGAAAUCUUCUGGUCUUGUGUUCAACCCCAUCGCAGAGAAGAUCAACAACUUUGUGGUGGGCACGGCGGAUCUGUCGCCAUCGGUCCAUAUGAUGUGGAAGGGCAAAGAGGACUUUCAGCACCCGGAUCUGAAGACAGCUUGUAACAUUACCGGCAGCUACAGCGGCCGGUAUAUCCAUUACGGCGUGCGAGAGCAUGCCAUGUGCGCUAUCUCCAAUGGUCUUGCAGCCUUUGGUCCGAACACCUUCAUUCCUGUUACGUCAACCUUUUUUAUGUUCUACCUCUAUGCUGCACCAGCUGUUCGCAUGGGCGCGCUGCAACGCCUCCAAGUCAUCCACGCCGCCACACACGAUUCUAUCGGCAUGGGUGAGGACGGUCCGACCCAUCAGCCAAUCGAACUGGCCAGCCUCUACCGUGCAAUGCCUAAUGUACUGUAUAUCCGGCCAGCUGAUAGCGAGGAGACAGCAGGAGCAUGGAUUACAGCGAUCAAGGCAAAGAACACACCAUCUAUCAUCUCGACAUCACGACACACAUUGCCGCAGCAGAAGAAGACACAACGAGAUAUGGUCGCCAAGGGCGCGUACGUGAUUGAGGAAGUAGAAGACGCUGACGUGACGUUACUUGGUGUCGGUGCAGAGUUGUGCCACGCCGUAGACGCGGCCAGAGAGCUAAAGGCAAAGAACAUCAAGGCGCGUGUUGUUAGCUUCCCAUGCCAGCGCCUGUUUGAAGAGCAGCCACUCGAGUACAAGCGAAACACGCUGCGCAGAGACCGUGGUGUUCCUGCUAUAGUUAUUGAACCGUAUGCACCAAAUGGCUGGGAGAGAUAUGCCGAUGCUGCCGUCUGCAUCAAACGCUUUGGCCAUAGUCUGCCUGGCAAGGCCGCCUACAAGCAUUUUGGCUUCGAUGUCCAGAGUCUGGUGACGAAGGUUGAAGUGUACCUACAGAACUUAGAGACGGAUCCCAUUCUGCGCAGCGAGUUCGUUGACUUAUAAGCGUUAGGACCUUUGCAAGGUUCGGGAAAGGUGCGUGAUGUAAGACAGUUGUACAGGGUUGUAGUAGUUGCUUUCAGAACCUGCCAUGUAGGAAUUGUCUAGAACAGCUCCACAUAUAC